UUUUUUCAGUUCUCAAAAAAAUAGGUAAAUAUGGCCGAGACAUAACACGCAAGUUCUUUCAAUAGGUGUUUUGUUUGUCUAAUUUUUGACAAAACUUGCAUUUUUUCAAUCAACAAGUAUCGAAAUUAAAUUAUUUUUCUCGUCAUUAAAGUCUUAGAUUAUAAGUUUACAUAGAACCUAACCUCGUUCAGUGAUUUUAACUCGCGAAAUGCAGUGCCGAAAGUCGUAGAAAGACAAUGUUAUUGUGUCUUGUAUUUGAGCUCGUGAUGGAAAUUUUCUCGUGAGUCUUUAUUUAGAGUUCAACAUUCAACGAAAUGAACAACAAAACAAUAUUGCAAUGAAUCAAGAUUAAAUUCACAAAUGUUUUUAACUACAAUAAGAGUGAUGGUAGCAUCUUGUUGAACCAUGGAGGCGGACAUCGACGUUGUUAAGGGGGAUGGGGGUGGUGAAACUGGGCCAGGAUGCUCUGGUUAUUCGAGCAUGGUCCAUAGUAAAAAAGUCAUUAAACAUGCACUUCGUCAACAAGCUAAACGACGAAGAAAAAACACAACAAUUGCAGCUGGAAAUUCUCGUACUUUGCCACGCAUUGUCGUCAAACCCUUGCCACCACCACCUCCCAACGAUCCACCCUCGCCUGUCAAUAAUAUACCGCAUAUUAAUUCUGUUGUUGAAGAACCUGCUGCCACGAUGCGAGAAGUAUUAGCCAGUUUGCCAGGAUUCAGUUUAAAGUCAGGACGAAGACGUUCUACUAAAAGGUUAUCAGCGGCAGCACAAUUGGAAGCAGGAUUAGUUGAUCUCGAAUCUCCAGCUAGUAUUCUCGCUAGUACGAGUUUACGUGCUUUACUAAAUAGGCACACAUUUCAAGGCCUUCCUCCUUUAUAUCAAAGAAAACUUGCCCAAUUAUUACCAUCAGUCGACAGACAGGAUGCAGCCAUCUCAGGAUUGAAUAAUGAAUUUUUCGCAAGGGCCUGCUUGGAAUGGCGAAAACGACUCGCAGAAGGUGAAUUCACUCCCGAGAAUCAGCAACGUUUGAAAAUGGAAGCAGAAAGAGACAAGAAUAAAUUGGAUCCAUGGAAAUUGAAACACUUCGAGCCAAUUUGGGGCGAAAAACGAGAACCAAAAUUAAGAUCAGGAUUCCAUUGUACUGAACCGAGAUCAGUUGGUGCAGUGACACGUUCGAGUCUUCGUUUGCGGCCCGAGAUGAAUGUGGAUCAAGUAAUACCAGAAAAUACCCGUUGUCUUACCACUGUUACAGAAGAGAAAAUGGAGGAAAAUAUUUGUGUUCCGGAGACAAUUGUUGACGUUCCUGAUAAUGUUCCCAGUGCUCAGGAUAUUCAACAAAAUUUACCCGAGUAUAAUGUCACUGUACAAAUUUUGGAGGAUGAGAAUUUAGAAUCAGUAAAUGUAAAUAUAAAUCCCGAUGAAAUCAUAAAAAAUUCUGUUCAAGAGCCAACAGAACAAGACGAAAUUGUCUCAACAGAAAUUCAUCAUGAAGUUCCAGUUAUUGAACAAGUUUGUCCAGAAAAUCAAGAAGUAGCUCCAAGUUUGGAAAUGAGACACAAGGGCCAUGAAUUGAGGCAAAAGAAUCAUGAAGUGAGAUUGAGACAGGAAGUGAGACAAAAGAAUCAAGAAUUGAAACAAAAGAAUGAAUCGAGACAAAAGAAUCAAGAAAUUAAACCAGUGAAUCAAGAAAUAGAGGAGCAAAUUGAAGAAACUGAAGAAAUUUCUCAAGAUGAUGAAAUUUUACAUAGUAUUGAGAUUUCACAGAAUUGUGAAAUUUCACAAAAUGAAGAAAUUCCCCAAACAAUCGAAUUACAAGUACAAGAUGAAAAUAUACAAAUUCACGAGGAAAUUCCCGAUUGGGACAAAAUGCAAAAUAUAAAUCCAAAUCCUAAUGAAGAAAUUGAAUGUUUGUCUGAUGAAAUUUCUCAAACCUCGGAAGAAUUAUCACAAACAUCAGAAGAGCAACCAAUUCAUCAAUUUAAUAAAGAUCAAUUUUCUCAACUCACUGCUGAACAAAUUUAUCAACUCGAGUGCGAAAAUAAUUCAACUUCACCACAAGAUCUCAUGGCAGAUGAGUCUGAAAUGAUAAUCAAUCAAGAGAUACAAAAUGAAAUUCAUCAUGAAACAAAUCAAGAGCUCCAUCACGAUAUUAAUCAAGAAAUUCAUCAUGAAAUGCAUCAAGAUAUUCAUCACGAAAUAAAUCAGGAAAUGCAUCGCGAAAUUAAUCAGGAAAUUCAUCACGAAAUUAAUCAAGAAAUACAUCAUGAAAUAAAUCAAGAGAUUCAUCAUGAAAUAAAUCAAGAGAUUCUUCACGAAAUGAAUUCGGAAAUUCAUCAUGAGAUGCAUCGUGAAAUUCCACAUGAGAUACAUCAAGAAAUUCAUCAUGAAAUGAAUCAUGAAAUUCAACACGACAUGAAUCCGGAAAUUCAUCAUGAAAUGCAUCAGGAAAUUCAUCACGAGAUGCAUCAUGAAAUGAAUCAUAAGAUUCAACAUGAGAUGCAUCAGGAAAUUCAUCAUGAAAUUCAACACGAAGUAGAGCAUGAAGUUCAACAACAAAUGCAUCAUGAAAUACAACAGGAAUUACGAAACGAUAUGCAAACGGAGCUGCAAGUUGAAAUGCAGGCUGAUAUGCAGAAUGAAAUACAAUCAGAUAUUCAAACAGAUAUGCAAGGAUCAAAUGAAAAUUGUACAGAUCCGGAAUCACAACUUCCCGAGGGAAUGGAAAUCGAUAUCGAGACAUUGCAACGUAUUCAUGAAUUGGAAGUUCGCGGUGAAAUGAGAGAGGCUUAUGAAGAAAUAUCCGGUUGUCCGGAGGAAAUAAUAUAUCCAAUUUUAGAGGGAAUGGAAAUUGGUUCAACUGGUGAGGAAGAGGCGGAAACUUCUGUCAUCUCAGGACCCGUGGAAGAUGUACAGGAAGUUGAACAUCUAACUGUUGGAAAUGAAGACGAAGCUCUACGAGAGGCAAAUAAUUAUGUUUGCUCCGAAAUGUUGGAAUGCAGCUGGGCUGUUGAUCCAAAUGUUGGAGCAGUUAGCAAUCCUAAUGCUAGGGCUCAGGAAGAAAUUCAAGUAUCAUUGCCACUGGUUACAUCGCUCGAUGGAUCAGUAGCCGCCAAUAUCACGGUAACAACUCACGAUGAAUGCGGCGACACAUCAACGACCACUGACUCAACAAAUCCAUCUCAGUUCAUCACUUCGGAAGCUCAUACGGAAUCAAUUAAUUGCAUUCAAUUGCCAGUGGUGCAAAGUACGCCUUUUCAAUCAGAAACCUUGGCAAUUGGAACGCCAGUUACGAAUUGUCUUAUGAAAAAUUUACCAACACAAAGUUCACCAAUCAUAGCAUUCCCACAAUUGCAAUCAAUACGAUUUGUUCAAACGAGUUUUCACUCGGGUCAUGGAGCGCCGCAAAAUUUAAAUACAACAAAUGCAAUUCCCACUCAGAUUCAACACAAUCAACAACAGCAGCAAGUGAGUAUUGUAAGGCCUCAUGAGGAAAUAGUGCAAAUUGGAACGCAAAAUAAUGUUAUUCACAAUAAUUUGCAAAAUGGCGUUCAACAAAAUCCAACGCAGGACAAUUUACAAAAUGCUGUUACUGUUCAACAUCAAAAUCAUGGAACAAAUGCGAUUGUCAUUCAACAUCAAACGCCAAUUGCUGCACAAUCGAGACAAAUUGUUGCAACUUUACAAUCACAACAGCAACAGCAGCAGCAGCAACAACAACAACAGACACAGCAAUAUCCGGUUGUGACAGUGGGUUCGAGACCCUCGAGAUCGGCACAAGGUGGACAGAGGUCGAGGGCUAGUAACAAAGAACAGGGCGGAAGAGCUAGAAGUUCCACGAAGGAACCACCUGGUGCUGUUAAUUUGGAGCGCAGUUAUCAAAUUUGUCAAGCGGUUAUACAAAGUUCGCCAAAUCGAGAUCAAUUGAAAGCGCAUUUGAAACCGCCGCCCAGUUUACUGGCAAGAGGCGAUGGUGCUUUCACAACAACAAAAUCAGGUGGCAGAACAAUAACUACUGUUAAAGCACAAAAAUCCCAACAAUUGAACUCACAUAACAAGCAAACGAAAGGUCAAGCUGUUAUGCUGAGACAUGUUUUUACCACUGCUCGUCAAACGGCGCCUGCAGAGGUAAGAACUCUGCUUAAAAGAAAACAUUUGGUGACUGAGAGCAAUGCAGUGACACAAAUAAAUUCAAAUGGAAACGGAGGUCUUGGUCAGUAUAUUCUUGUGCAGAGAACUGGCGUUGGUGAUAGUGCACCACGUGCAUCGUCAGCGCCACCCUUACCACCGCAAAUAGCGGGAAUGGGAGUUGGCGUACAUCUUGUGCGUGGAAGACCAGCCAGUGCAGGCGAGGGAUCUCAUCAAGCCGUCACAUUGAAAGCAAGAGGUGCUCUCGAUGGACGAGGAGGUGGCGGCGCUGAACCAGGAGCACCGGGCGUAAUAAUGGGAGGCGAUCCACCUCCACCAUGGGAAUGCAAUAUGCGAGGAGCAAUGGUAAUUUGUCGUCAAUGCGGUGCUUUUUGUCACGACGAUUGUAUUGGGCCUCAACGUAUUUGCGCUACUUGUCUCAUUCGUUAAUCAUUUUUUCUUGAUAAAAAAAAAAUUCUUCUUGAUAAAUUUUCCCUUAUUAAAACGAAAAAAAAAUAUUUAAACUCAUAUUCCAAGAACUUGGAAUCAGAGUGCCGGAUCAAUUUUAUCAGUUUUAUGUAUUUUCAAUAUUAACUAUUAAGCUUUUUGCCAAUAAUUUCAAUUGGAACGCAUUAUUCUCCCUCAAAAUGUUUUUUUUUUUAAUUUUUAUUUGAUCAUUUUUUUCGCUGUGUCUAUUUUGCUACCGGGAUAAAUGCGGGAUUUUGGCUAUUUAGCUCGUUUAUUUUAAAAAUUGCCAAUUUUUUUUUUUUUUUUAACAAAACCAAUAUUUUGUUGUUUUUUUUUUAUUGCAGAAGGUAUAAAUUGUGGAUCUGUCUUCUUGAAAUACCCCACUUUUAUUUUAUAAGAUCCUGUCAUGGAUUUUUGGACUAGUUCUAGUUUUAUAAUCCAUGACAAUAUUUCUUGAAUUUUUAAAUCUAAAUUCAAGAUGGAAAAAGGGAGUUUUCUUCUUUUUGUUGAACGCGUGUUCUCUUUUACGCUUAUAAAACCCGAUGACAAUAGAAUUUUUUUUUUAAAUUUACCUGAAAUGUUAUUUAAAUUAAUUAAUAUGCAAUCCAAAAAAAUAUAUAUUAAUUUUUAUUUGGAAAUUUAAAUUUUAAAUAUUGAAAAAUUAAAUAAAUUAUUUUUUAAAUAGACACAGCGAAUUUUUUUUUCAUCAUUUUUUUUUUCGUAAUAAAUUUUGAGGAACAAUAAUGUAAACCAUUUGAAUAUUCUCUUAUAUAUUAUAAUCUCAAAUACUUUAUUGUCAUUGAAGAUUUUCAACUUUUACAUGUAAAUAAUGAGCUUCAAUUUGUUUAUUAUCUAUAUUAGAUUUGUGUAGAAUUGAGGCAUAUAUACAUAUAUAUAUAUAUAUAUAUAUUUUAGUAAUUGUCUGGAAAUUGCAGAUGGUAGCUUUUAGAUAUUUUAAAAGAAAAACAAAAAGUAAAUUCGACACUCUGAGUCGAAAUCUCUUGAAUUUUUCAAGAGUGUCUGGGAUACAGGAAAAAGAAAUUGAGAUUUUGUUAAAAAAUGUGAUGUUCUUCUGUUUUGUUUUUUAAUACGAUCGUGAUCGUUCUUAUUAAGCAAAACUGAAUUUUAAUCAAAAUAGUCUAUUUUUAAUGUAUUAUUAUAAAGUAAGUUGUUUUAUAUUCCUUUUUUUUAAAAAAAAAAACAUUGUGUGUGUUUUUGUGAAGUCUAAUUUUUAUACCUUGACAAAAAAUAAUUAUAAGUCUCGCCCACCACUUUGAAAAAUAUUUUUAAGCUACUUUUUAAGUUGAAAGCAUAAUUUUUAAUUGAUAAGUUUAAUUUGAUGUAAGUUUUUAUAAUGAAUCUUGUAUAUAUUUAUUAUUAUUAUAAUAAUUUAUUUUGACGAUCGAGUUUGAAAUGUUCAAACUCGAAAUAAUAUUUUUUUUUUACAAUAUAUAUAUAUCGGAUCUGCAUAAUAAGCAAAACAGAAAUUAAUUGAUAUUAUAAAUUAAUACAAUACGGCAUAAUAUUAACAAAUGUGAUUUAAAUAUGUUAAAAUAUUAAAAUUAAGAAAUAUUAAAAAUUCAAGAAAAAUUUUAAGAAAAAACUUGUAUCCCUAGACACUAGGAAAAAAAGUCUACUACAGUUUAACUCAAUAUCGUCUUCCAUUGACAUCACUUUAAGUUGCAAUUUCAUUAUUUAUUUAUUGUCAUGAAUUUUGAUUCUCAAUUAAGUUUGUCAAGAGAUUUUUCUAAUUUUUAAAUUCAUUUUUUUUUUGUGAAAUCACCAGGAAAAUCUUUUGUAAGGAACUACUUACACGUAGAGAAGUUAGCAUUUAAGCUUUAUCAUAAGCAGUAGGUGAAGUUUGAUAGUUUAACUGAACCGUGUUACUUCCUCGAGAAAAAAAAAUAAUUGAGAAAGUUCUCUUAAUUCUCCGUAAAUUCUCCAAGACUCGUAAAGAAAACAAGAAAAAAAGAAAUUCAAGACUAUACUAGUUUAAGUUUUAAUUCAAACACAAUUUGUACAUAGAACAAACUCGCUGAAUCAUCCGUCUUUUAUUUUUCACAAAUUUUUGUUACAGUUUUUUGCGAAAUACGUAUCUUAAAAAAAAAAAAAUGUGAUUCGUUUCAUUCAUUUACACACGUGUAUUAAUAAUUGCCAUUUAUUUUUUAACUAUUAAUGAAUAUUACGAUAAUUGAACGGCAAGAUAAUGUGUAUUCAUCGCUCAAAUGUAAAUAAAAUCAUAUUCGUUCUAACUUUAAA